AUGGAACCAGCAGGCCUAGCUGUCGGUACCAUAGCGCUCGUUAGCCUUUUCAGUACCUGCUUGGAAGCUCUUGAGAAGCUUGAUAACUACAAGAAUUUUCAAAUCGAUUCGCAUCAUCUGGCGGCUCAGUUCGAAGUAGAUAAGCUCCGCUUCGAGAAAUGGGGUCUAGCUGUUGGAACUGCCAAGUUUCUUUGGAUUAAUGGACCCGCUGGGUUUGGAAAGACCAUUCUCUGCGCCAGGGUGAUUGAACAUCUCUCGUGUACGCUGAAAGAGCCACUUGCGCACUUUUUUUUUUCAUCCGACUUUGACAGCCAUGGAGACCUCUACGUAGCGGUACGAUCAUGGAUAUUCCAGUUGAUAUCGCACCAAAGAGCAUUUGAAGUGGUCUACGAGAAAUGGGGAGCCCAAUAUGGGCAGAAAGCAACGCGAGCGACUAUCGUCAAGAUCUUCCGAGAGAUCACCCAAGCUAUACCCAAAUGCACAUUUAUUUUAGACGGUCUGGAUGAAUGUAUUUGGAUAGGAGAGAACCAGAAGUAUGGCUAUCCUAACUCCGUAGCCGAGUUCCUUGAAACUAUCAGGCAAGCAGUUGCAGAUACAACUACUCGCAUAAUGAUAGUCAGCCGCAUUGAACCUCAAAUCCGGCAAGGUUUCUGGAACUAUACAAGCGAAAAUUUCUUCGAAUACAAUAUUUCUAUUGAAGACGUCCAGCCUGAUACGGUGGCGUAUUCUAGAAGUAUUGUUAACAGGAAGUUGUUUAAAAAGAACGAAACAACAAAGGACGAUAUUUCUCAGAAGAUGGCUGACCGUUGCAAUGGCCAAUUCUUGUGGCUACGGAUGCAAGAAGACUCGCUGGACGGCUGGAUGAACAAAAAGCAGCUUGAGGACACCAUUGGUGGAACCCCAAUAGGACUUGAACAGCUAUACGACCGAACCUGGAGCCAAAUAUCGCAUUUCCCAGACUGGAAAAAAGGCCGGGCUGUUUCCAUAUUACGUUGGGCAGCGUUCGCUCUACAGCCGCUAACAGUCUGUGAGAUUGCUGAAGCUCUGCUUGUUCACGACGAUUACGAUGAUCUCCCGAUCGAGGAAAUGCCAGACUCAAUCGACGAAGACUACAUUAAUAGCGGAAUACUUGGCCUUUGUGGAUCACUCCUAGAGGUUCGGGGUACUUUGUCAGAACCACACCUAGGAUUAAGGACUGUACAUCUAACUCAUUUUACAGUUAAGGAGUUUCUUAUCAUACAAUUGCCGAUACAGGGGGGUUCUAUAGGAGCUAACAGACGUUUGUCGACUUCAGUCGAGGCAGUUCAAGGCAGCAUACUAGCAAAAACAUGCCUUCGCUACAUAAACUUUCCGAGGGUUUGGCAGCUGGCUCCUCAUGUC